CAGCUGGUGACGUGACGGCGCGCGGGGCGGGGCGAUUGCGUGGGGCAAAGUGCCAGGCGCGACCCCGGGCCGGGAGCAGCAGUCUGCGACGACCGGAGCCUCCGCAAUGAGAUGACUUGAGUAGAAUUUCACAAUGGAGGCAAAAUCCGUAGUCAUUGGUGUGGAGGGGAUGACAUGCAAUUCCUGCGUUCAAACCAUUGAACAGCAUGUCAGGAAGAUGAAUGGUAUCCAUAACAUUAAAGUAUCUCUAGAGGAUAAGAAUGCAGUCAUCAUUUAUGACUCAAAACUGCAGACUCCAGCAACGCUGCAGGAAGCAAUAUAUGACAUGGGAUUUGAUGCUACGUUAGCUGAUUCAAACCCACAACCUGUUUUACUUGACACUAUUUUUCUUACAAUUCCUACUCAGUCAGCUCUAACGUCUAAACAGAUUUGUAGUACGUUACUAAAGAAUAAAGGUAUUCUGGAUGUUAAAAUGUCCUCUGAUCAAAAAACUGCAGUGGUGACUUUCAUUUCUUCCAUUAUAAAUGGCAAGCAGAUUAUCCAGAUGGUCCCAGGAGUAGAUUUAAAUAUCUCUGCACCAGAGGUAAUACCUGGAACUUGUGAAGAUUCCAGCUGGUCUCAAGCAAGUAACGUUGUGCUGCGCCUGAAAGUAGAAGGGAUGACCUGUCAUUCCUGCACCAGCACCAUUGAGGGGAAGAUUGGCAAAUUGCAAGGAAUUCAGCGGAUUAAAGUGUCCCUGGACAAUCAGGAAGCUGUUGUUGUCUACCAGCCUCAUCUAAUUACAGCAGAAGAAAUAAAACAUCAAAUUGAAGCUGCGGGUUUCACAGCAUCUUUCAAAAAGCAGCCUAGACCCCUGAAGCUCAGUGCUAUUGACCUGGAAAGGCUGAGGAAUACUCAGACCAGAGGCUCUGAGACAGCACUGAAAGAAAACUCGAAUGUGAACGAUACGAAGACAGUUGUCUUCGGAAUCGAUGGCAUGCACUGCAAUUCAUGUGUCCUCAAUAUUCAGAGUACCAUAUCAGCACUCCCAUCAGUAACAAGUAUAGUUGUUUCAUUAGAGAAGAAAUCUGCUAUGAUAAACUAUAACCCAAACUUAAUUAGCAUAGAUGUACUGAGAAAAGCCAUAGAGGCAGUGUCUCCGCAGACAUUUAAAGUCAGCCUUCCUGAUGAAUAUGAAAAUGUAGCACUUUUCCCCACGCUGGCAUCUCCACUGAAAUCUCUUCGUCCACCUCUGAAGGAUGCUAGCCAGCCACUUACUCAAGUUGUUGUGAUAAAUAUUGAGGGAAUGACUUGCAACUCUUGCGUGCAGUCCAUUGAGGGAGUCAUAUCCCAAAAGGCAGGUGUAAAAUCUAUUCAUGUCUCUCUCACAAAUCGUAAUGGGACUAUAGAAUACGACCCUCUGCAAACAUGCCCGGAAGACUUGAGAUCCUCAAUAGAGGAUAUGGGAUUUGAUGCAUCUUUAUCAGCAAAGGCAGAACUACCUGUGGCAAUAGCUCAACCCUCGACCGAAGAGCAGCUGGAAUCUCACAAAACCGAGCCUCCCCCCAAAGUGUCACCCGCCCACCUUGCUAGACAAGAGACAAAGACUAUAUCGAAGUGCUAUGUCCAAGUCACAGGAAUGACGUGUGCUUCAUGUGUAGCCAACAUUGAGAGAAAUUUGAGAAGAGAAGACGGAAUACAUUCGAUACUUGUUGCCCUAAUGGCAGGAAAGGCAGAAGUGAGGUAUAAUCCUGCUGUCAUACACCCUGCAGCUAUCGCAGAGCUCAUACGGGAGCUGGGAUUUGGAGCUACCGUGAUGGAAAACUGUGGUGAAGGAGAUGGAAUUCUGGAACUUGUUGUGAGGGGAAUGACAUGUGCUUCUUGCGUACACAAAAUAGAAUCCACCCUCAUGAAGACUAAUGGUGUUUUAUACUGCUCAGUAGCUCUUGCAACCAACAAAGCACACAUAAAAUAUGAUCCUGAGAUUAUAGGUCCUCGAGAUGUUAUACAGGUGAUAAAGGAUUUAGGUUUCACUACUUCGUUAGUCAAAAAAGAUAGAUCAGCUAGUCAUCUGGAUCACAAACAGGAAAUCAGGCAGUGGAAAAGGUCUUUUGUUGUGAGUCUCAUUUUCUGUAUUCCUGUCAUGGGACUGAUGAUUUACAUGAUGGUUAUGGACAGUCGGCUUUCAGAUGCUCACGCGCAUCACAACAUGAGCAACGAGGAAAUGGAGGCCCUUCACUCCUCUAUGUUCCUGGAAUACCAGCUCCUACCAGGAUUGUCUGUUAUGAAUUUUCUGUCGUUUUUACUCUGUGUCCCUGUACAGAUAUUUGGAGGCUGGCACUUCUAUAUUCAGGCAUACAAAGCACUGAAGCACAAAACUGCAAAUAUGGACGUGCUCAUUGUUUUGGCAACCUCCAUUGCAUUCGUCUACUCAUUUGUUAUUCUUCUAGUUGCAAUGGCUGAGAAAGCAAAAGUAAACCCUGUAACUUUCUUUGACACACCUCCUAUGCUGUUUGUGUUCAUCUCGUUGGGCCGGUGGCUAGAGCAUGUUGCAAAGGGUAAAACAUCAGAAGCACUGGCAAGACUAAUUUCAUUACAAGCUACUGAAGCUACUAUUGUUACCUUGGGCCCUGAUAACGUUCUUUUAAGUGAAGAGCAAGUUGAUGUCGAACUGGUUCAACGAGGUGACAUUGUCAGAGUGAUCCCAGGAGGGAAAUUCCCUGUGGAUGGUCGUGUUAUUGAAGGACACUCUAUGGUAGAUGAAUCUCUUAUCACAGGUGAAGCGAUGCCCGUGACUAAAAAACCUGGCAAUACAGUUAUUGCAGGUUCUAUUAAUCAGAAUGGAUCGCUACUUAUUUCAGCAACCCAUGUCGGAGCCGAUACAACUCUUUCCCAGAUUGUUAAACUUGUGGAGGAGGCCCAGACGUCAAAGGCUCCUAUCCAGCAAUUUGCAGACAAACUUAGUGGCUAUUUCGUUCCUUCUAUUGUGGCUGUCUCUGUGGUUACCCUUUUUGCCUGGAUUAUAAUUGGAUUUGUGGAUUUUGAAAUAGUAGAAAAAUACUUUCUGGGUUACAAUAAGAGCAUUUCUGCAGCCGAAGUGAUAAUCCGCUUUGCUUUCCAAGCCUCCAUCACAGUCUUGUGCAUUGCAUGCCCCUGUUCUCUGGGAUUAGCCACCCCGACGGCCGUGAUGGUGGGUACCGGAGUAGGAGCUCAGAACGGGAUACUUAUCAAAGGAGGAGAGCCGUUGGAGAUGGCGCAUAAGGUGAAGGUGGUUGUAUUUGACAAAACAGGGACUAUUACUCAUGGGACUCCAGAAGUGAUGCAGGUGAAGUUUCUGGUGGAGAGUAACCAGCUACCGCAUAAUAAAAUGCUGGCAAUAGUGGGGACCGCAGAGAGUAACAGCGAGCACCCUCUUGGAGUAGCAAUAACAAAAUACUGCAAAAAGGAACUGGACUUGGAAACCCUUGGGACAUGUACAGAUUUUCAGGUAGUUCCAGGCUGCGGCAUUAGUUGUAAAGUCACCAAUAUUGAAGCAUUACUCUACAGGAAAAAUAAAAUGGUUGAAGAAAACAAUAUUAGAAAUGUGACACUUGUGAAAAUUGAGGAAAAUACGGAUGAAUCAGUGCAGUCUGCUUUGAUUAUUGAUGCUGAACUACCAACUACUGUGACUUCUCAAAAAUAUUCUGUUCUCAUUGGGAACCGGGAAUGGAUGAAUAGAAAUGGCCUCCUUGUUAAAAAUGAAGUAGAUAAAGCCAUGAUGGAGCAUGAGCGGAGGGGUCGCACAGCAGUUCUAGCAGCUGUCGAUGGAGUGCUUUGUGGCUUGAUAGCUAUUGCUGAUACUGUGAAACCAGAAGCUGAGCUGGCAGUCUACACUUUGAAGAGCAUGGGAUUAGAAGUUGUCCUAAUGACUGGUGACAACAGCAAAACGGCAAGGUCUAUUGCCUCGCAGGUUGGCAUCACCAAAGUGUUCGCAGAGGUUCUUCCCUCCCACAAAGUAGCCAAAGUGAAACAACUACAAGAUGAAGGAAAACGGGUGGCCAUGGUUGGAGAUGGUAUCAAUGACUCCCCGGCUCUUGCUAUGGCCAACGUAGGAAUUGCUAUUGGCACGGGCACUGAUGUGGCCAUUGAGGCAGCUGAUGUGGUUCUCAUUAAGGAUGACUUGAUGGAUGUGGUAGCAAGUAUAGAUUUAUCAAGGAAAACUGUGAAAAGGAUCCGGAUCAACUUUGUCUUUGCUCUAAUUUAUAAUCUCAUUGGAGUUCCCAUAGCUGCUGGUGUCUUCCUGCCCAUUGGUUUGGUGUUGCAGCCCUGGAUGGGAUCUGCAGCAAUGGCUGCAUCCUCUGUUUCUGUUGUGCUUUCUUCUUUGAUGUUAAAGAUGUACCAGAAACCAAGUUCUGAGAAACUCGAGUUCCGGGCCAGCGGCCAAAUGAGGCACAAGAGCCCAUCAGAAAUCAGUGUCUGCGUUGGGAUUGAUGAGACUGGGACAGGCUCUCCUAAACUGAGCUUAAUGGAUCGAAUCAUCAAUUACAGUAGAGCCUCUAUAAAUUCUCUCUUUUCAGACAAGCGUUCAGUGAACAGCAUAGUUCUUAAUGAACCAGAUAAGCAUUCACUUCUGGUGGGAGAUUUUGGAGAAGAUGAUGACACAGCAUUAUGAAAGACUCGUCCUUCCCCUCCUGCCCCUGCUAAGCAAAGGGAAAAAAAGCAAAACAAAACCCUGAAGCAAAAUGAAAAACCAACCAAAACAGCUGUCUAAAAGUCUGUGCAUGUACUGAUCGUUUCUGGAGGUCUUAUCAGAUGUAUUUCUUUAACAUAGAAAGCCAGUUUUUGCAGUGACUUUUCAGGGUCUUUUUUUUAAACUAGACUUACCAAAACCCAUGGUGCAGGGGCUGUUAAUGCGAGCAGGGCUGUGUUACCUUUCCAUGAAGCUUGCAGCAUAGCUUUUUUUUUUUUUUUUUUGGCAAAAUGUCAAAAUACAAUUAAGGAAACUAAGGAACCAGAAACUUACUUCCCAGCCUUAUAACAGGCUACUUUAUGCAUAGUCAAGUUUAGUACUGUGUUUAAAAAUAAUAAAUUACUGCAUCUGUGUUUGCAGAUAGACGUGCCUUACUUCGAAACUUCCAGGACCCCUCUUGUUUCCACAGCCUGCCUUCUACCAGAAAUGGUUCCUCUCAAAGACCUUUUCUUUUUACAAACAUCUGGUUCUAGCUUUUCCUACUCCUCACUUCACAUCAUCUCACCGCUUGUAAUCUGGAUUCCUGCGAGGCAGAGACAACCGAGAAGUUUUGGUUUGCUUUCUAACAUCAUACCCACAUUUAACUUGAUAGAUCCACGCCCUAGUAUGCUCCUGCUGCUAUGAUUGUCUGCUCAAAGGUCGAACAGGUUGGGAGGUUUACUCAUUCCCAGCCUCUCCUAAGCCAAAAACUCCUGCAACGUCUGAAUGUGAUGUGGUAUUAGCAGAAAUGUUUAGCUUUUAAGAAGGCAGCAGUGUAGUUAGUGCUCACUGCCAAUAUCUACUAGCACUCCUGACAUGAACCAGAAUAGUUUGGACCAGUGUUGCAUAGAUUACCUUUAAAAUCUUUACAGUUCAGUCUUUGCAGAUAUCUAACGCCAUCAAAGGGUUUAUCCGCUCCGUGGAUUGACCCAAACCUCCUUUGCUUGGGAUGCUCAGAUCUGGGCUUUGUGAAUUAAGAGACAGUCUUCAUUUGUUACUGCAGUAUCACAGUGCAGGUUUUGAUCAUUAAAUCAUUGAUAUUAAAAAUAUUCUCAGUGAGAAAUGGUGUUCAUCACCCAGUAGCCAGCUACCUGUUUGUUACUUAAUAAACCUUGUUGUUUAAGUCCUGUGCUGAGACAGCUAUCUAAAGCAAUGAGUAGGGUCGAUGAUGUUGAAUUACGUUAUGAAAGUCCAUGGAGUAAACUUGUAAUUCCAAUUUCUGCCUGCAGAGGAGAUAUACUCAGUUUGGAGUACGAUCCUCACGGUUCUUAACUCGAAGCCUGAUGUCAGUGCAGUUUGUGUAUGUAAAAAGUCCGAAGUAAACAGCUGUUGCCUUUUAUCUGAGAACUACCAGAAAAAUACUAGUGUGUGAAAACAGAAGAAUUGUACUAUGGAAUAUGUGGUUAGUAAAUCAGUAUACUCGUUAUAUUGCAGUGAGGAGAACAAUGUAAUUUGUUGCUGCCGCUAGUUGAAGAAACAAAGUCUUUCUGUUGCAGGAUUUAGGUUCUUAAUAUCUCUGCAUGAAAUAGAUUUUUUUUUUUUAAUUAGAUUAUAGCUAUAUGUAUAACUGUAGUGUUAUGAAAUGCUGAGAUACGGAACUGCAAAGCCGCUCCGUAAGAUGAUGUUCUCAGUUUUCAGCAGCAAAGCUGUUUCUUACAAGCAGUUACCUAAAACCUGUUUGAUGGUGUUAUGAUGGUGUUUAGUGCUUCAUGACCACGCAAACUGUUUCUAAACAUUUCCCUUUUCUUGUUUAUCCGCACUCCUCCUUGGUGGUGUUCUUGGCACAAUUCUGCAGGUGAAAAGGAAGUAUUUUACGUAUUUUUGCCUGGAUUGUGCUGACAGAUGGUCUUAAUCAUGUGGUGAAGACAGAAGGCAGAUCUUGGCGUGCUUUUCGGGGGGAGUCCCACUACUACUGGUGCUGCCCCAGCCCCCGGUCACGGUAUAUAUGGCGUGUGAAUGACGGACACCAUGCUCUUACUGCAGGAAACAGAGCAGUGAUUGAGGGUUACAUUCCUGGUUGGUAGAUAUGCAGAAUGAAGAAUUCGUUAAAUUAUUUCCAAAUUGAUUUUUAGAGCACUUUGGCUUUGAUCUUUUGCUGUCCAAAUUGUACGUAGGUAGAAUGCUGACAGUGGAAUGCUGGCUUUAUCACCAACUUUUCCCCAAUGCAGAUGUUUUCUCCAGGUUUACCAUUUUCUAUGAAACUUAGCAUUUCUUCCAAUUACAGCAAAUCAAGGCUACUUUUCAAAACCAGGAUACUGAAUGAGGUGCAGAGGUGAUUAUCAGGGAGUAAGGAACGGGAAGAUGCCAGCUGAGGGGGAAUGGGCUGUAGCCGCUUGUAAGUACAGUCAGAGGAUCAGACUCUGGAGAGGGGAGGUAAGCUAAAGAGCAGUGUUAGCCCGAGAAUGGAAGGGCGUAGGGUGGUGGCGAUAAAUCUAGGCUGGAAUUCAGAUGGAGCUUUUCACUCUAUCAGGUAUUAUGUUAUGAGACAGCUUCUGUUAGAGCUACUGUGGGUGGAGAGCAAAUUGCUCUGGUGUUCCUGCAAGAGGCUGGUAUGAAGUGGUGCCAGCGAGGGCAGUGGUCAGAACUGCUGACCCAGGAAUUCCCUUUCAAUCCAGUUUUCCUCCUUUGGAGAAUCUGUCUGGGCUUGUCUUUCAAACUUGAAUUUAGCACGCGGUGUGUGUGAGUGAUGUAGAGCUGAUUAAGAAAUUCAGAGUCCAGAUCUUUGAAAACAGGUUGUCUGUCCAACUCCCCCCCCAAAGGUGUGGUACUGACUUCCAGAAUGGUUAUCUUGUGAUUAAAAUAUUCUAUAAGGUGCUUUAUGUUGAAGAACCAAAAUAUUUUUCAGUUUGAAUGUACAGUGCAAGUGAAAUAAUGUGGGAGCCAAAUGUUUUCCCAAAUGUAAAUGUUUUAAUAUGUAAAUAUGUAACUCCUGUUGGAGAGAGUUUGGAUUCAGGAAUUCAAAAUAUCACUUGGAAACACAUAGUUACAAAUGGAAUUGUAUUACUAGUUUGUCUAUUUUAUUGUUUUCUGUAACUAGCUAUUUAUAAAACCUGUGCUCUAUUUAAGAAACAAAGUAUAUAUGCUUGAGGCUUUAAAGAUUGCUCUUUGAAUCUUACCAAUAAACUUUUAAAGAGUAGACACUUGAAAUUUUAUAUGAAAAAGAAUGUGAAGCUGACAAGACACAAUGGAAGCAAGCAAACAUUUUUAUUUAUUAAAAACUAUGUUUAUUUUUUUGCUUAGAACGUCCAACAAAAUGUUUUAAACUUGAGAUUUUUUUUUUUUAUUGUUUCGGUAUGAGGAAUGGAGAAAUGGAUGCUGUUGUGGAAUGUUAAUUCAGUGCUGUUACAUUUCUUUACAUCUAGAAACAUGUAGUCUCACACUUCCUAUUCUUUUAAGACCGUGCCUCCAUCGUUAUAAUGGCAAGUAUAAGCUAUAUAAUAAAAAUGUAACAUCCAAA